GAAACAAAUUUAGAUUUAAACACUAUCUAAGAAACAAAAAAACGUUAAAGAAAAAUGGGAGAAACAGAAGACAAGAUAGUGAAGAAUCAUGGUGAUAACGAAGAGAAACACAACAAGGCUGAGAAAACAGAGGAGAAAGAGAAGAAGAAGGAUAAAGAUAAGAAGGAUAAGCACGAGGACGAUAAAAAUGGAGGAGGAGGAGAAGAAGGCGAAGAUCAAGAGAAGAAAAGCAAGAAGAAAGAUAAGAAGACGAAGAAAGAGAAGAACCCUGAAGAUAAAAAAGAUCCAGAGAAGUUGAAGUUGAAACUUAAGAAGAUUGAAGACAAGAUUCAAGCUAUGGUCUUAAAGAAAGAUGAGAUCGUGAAGCUUAUUCAUGACGCAGAACAAGGUAAGACGACUACUUCAGUGGAUGCACCACCACCUACUAACUAACUAAUUCAAAUGCAAAACUAAAGUUUCAAGUUAACCCCAUAAUUUUGUAUCUAUAUAUUUAUCACUCCGUUCAAUAAGAAGUACUGAUGAAUGUUGUU